UCCGUCCUGCCGGACUGCUGGAGGCGGUCGCAGCGCCAUGUUAAGCGGAGCGUCCGACCUCGGCGCAAAAUGACUUUAAAUUCUACCGCUGGCCGAGAAUAAGUGUUACGCAGCUCAAGAAGGAGACGCCAGCAACAGACCCUCUAGGAGCAGCACCGAUCCGGGUCCGCGGAGAUCCGGACAGAGAGGGGGAAGACGACCCCCCCGCCACCGUCCCCAUGCAGAUGCAACACCGAUAUUAAGCGACUUUCCAUUAAAAAAGGCUUUCAUUGCAGGGAUUAAAGGCCGCCUCCGGGAGCAAACCGCCACUGUGCUUUUAUGCAUAAAUUCCGGCAAACUGCAAUCUGUAGAUACAACUCUAGAUAGAUUGGUAUUUAUUAGACUUUUGCCCCCUUUUGUUAAUUUUUUUGCAAUGAGUUUGCCGCCGCAGAAAGCGGCACCGAAAUCCGCCGCCGCAGUAAGUGGACCGGGAGCCGGCCCGUCUCCGGCGGGGCAGCUGCGAGCCUCCCUGACCUCCGUGUCUCUGCCGCCCGGAGCCCCGGCCGCUCCGCCACCCGCCGCACCGCCGCACCAUCCCAGGAUUGCCCGUCUGCCACCUGCGCUGGAGGACCGGAUUUUCGCAUCGCAGCCUGCUGUCGCCGCCGUCUACAGCGUCCCAAGGCACGGCCCGUAUGCCCCCCACGACAUCACCAAGGGCCACCAUAACCUUACUGGCACUGCACACGGCCACGCCUCCUCCUCCCCAGGACUUUCUCAAUCUCCAUAUACCCAUGGACAGAAUGCAGGCUCCGCCCCUCUGGUGUACUCACCUCAGACCCAGCCAAUGAACGCACAGCCGCAGAGCCGCCCGUUUGCGCCAGGACCCCGCCCCACCCAUCAUCAGGGAGGAUUCAGGCCCAUUCAGUUUUUCCAGCGUGCCCAGAUGCAGACGGCUCGAGCUCCCAUCCCGGGGGGCGGCCCCUCCCUUCAGCCCGGUUCCCAGCCUCCGGCCCCCGCCCCCCCCGCUGCGGCUGUGUACCAGCCUAACCAGCCCAUCAUGAUGACCAUGGCACCCAUGCCCUUCCCGUCGCCACAAGCUCCCCAGUACUACAUCCACCAGUACCGGCACAGCGCCCCCUACAUAGGACCCCCCCAGCAGUUCUCGGUGCAGCCGCCCGGUCCGGGCACCUUCUACCCCGGCCCCGGCCCUGGGGACUUCCCGGCUCCUUAUACGAGUCCUCCAUACUACUCUGGGCAGACGGUCUACCCCCCCUCGCCACCCAUCAUAGUGCCUACACCACAACAGCCUCCACCGGCCAAGAGGGAAAAGAAGACAUUCUCCCAGAUCCGUAUCCGGGAUCCCAACCAAGGGGGCAGGGACGUCACAGAGGAGAUCUUGUCCGGAGGAGCCGGUAGCCGGAAUCCGACGCCCCCUGUUGGAAGACCCUCCUCCACCCCAACCUUGCCCCAGUUCUUGUGUCCGCACCCUCAUUAUCCUCACAUUUUCUACCUCAAAUCCCAGCAGCUGGGCAGCCAACUCUCCGAGCACGGCCCCCUGGUGUACAGCAGGGAGGCCAGCCCCCCGCACCCGCCUGUGCCCGCCGACACCAAGCCUCCGCCAGAUCAGAAGCUGGAGUCGGAGUCCUUCACACCCAAGUCUUCGUCCCCUGGCCUCCGACUUUCUGACUCCCCCAGCGAGAGGAGAGGCAGAGGUGUCCCUACGCCACUAACCCUUCCACUGGAGAAACCGGAACUUGCUGCUGCCCUGGGUCCUGGCGGGGGCCCCGCCCCUGUAGCAGGCUCUAUGGAGCCCCAUAGCCCCCAAAGGGAGGAGACACAAAUGACUGCACCACCUGCUGCCCCAUCUCAGGGUGGGGCCCAGGAGCCACCUAUCACUAUGGCCCCUCCUUCCAAGGCAAUGAACGGGCACUCUGACCAGGAGGUGGUCAGCACACCCCCCGAUGAGCAGCCAACUCUGGCCGCACCACAGGCCCCGCCCCCAGUCUGUUCCACGGGAGCCAGCAUGGACACUCAGGGACUCUCAGCUCUGGAGAUGAGGGCCAAAACCCCCCUGAUGGCUCCAGACCCCACCUCCCCCACUCCAAAUGUCCCCUCCCUUCCUACCACUUCUGCUGUCUCUACAGUUGCUGCUAGCCCUGUACCUGCUGCCAGCCCGCCAUCCCCCACUCAAGCUGGCGACGAGGCUGGGGACAUCAGGAAAACUUCCCUGAGGGCAGAAACUCAGGAGCAACCCCACAAGGCUGGGGGAGAAGUAGCAGAGAGCUCUGAGGAAACGGUGGAGUUGCAGCAACAAGCCAACUCCAGAAUGCUUCUCAGUACAGCUCAAACUGCUUCAGCUGCACCAAAGACCUGGAAGAAACCAAAAGAUGAAGAGUCCCCAGAGAGCCUGGGGAGGGAGGAAGAUUCCACGGACUGGUCUGGCCUGGACGAGGCCUCGCCCCAGGGCCUGGAGUCCCAGGGCCUGGAGCCCCGGGGCCACUCGCCAGCAGACGCCACAGAGCCGCUUCCCACUCCGGAGGAGAAUGGCGAGGCAGAUCCCGUAGGGAACGGGGCAGCCCCUAGCCCUGAGAUGGACGUCAGCGAUGGAGGGGCCGAGCCAGGGGAGGGACGAUGCAGAGCCCCCCCACCACCUUACAUCUUCCAGGGAGAGCCAGUGGAACCGGGUGGGAAGAGGCAGUACGACCGCGACUUCCUGCUCGGUUUCCAGUUCACCCCAGCCUGCAUACAGAAGCCCGACGGUCUUCCCCCGAUCAGCGACGUGGUGCUAGAUAAGAUUAACCAAAAUAAGCAGCUGGCUCGCACCGUCGACCCUCGCACGAUCUCCUGGGGCCCUGACUUCACGCCCGCCUUUGCCGACUUCGGGCGUCCAGCAUCAGGUGGCCGCGGAUCUCCGCUGCUAAAUGUGGGCACCAGGAGACCCCAGCCACGCAAGAUCAUCAUGAACGUGUCGGUGAACGACGACGUGCAGCUGAGGAAGGCGGAGAAUGCCUGGAAGCCUGGCAUUAAGCAGGAGGGGCUGGCCGAUGACCCAGAUGCCCAGCACACACAGGAGCUCUUCCGCAAGGUGCGCAGCAUCCUGAACAAGCUGACGCCCCAGAUGUUCAACCAGCUGAUGAAGCAGGUGACGGACCUCACCAUCGACACGGAGGAGCGGCUCAAGGGCGUCAUCGACCUGGUCUUCGAGAAGGCCAUCGAUGAACCCAGCUUCUCCGUGGCCUACAGCAACAUGUGUCGCUGCCUUGCCACGCUGAAGGUGCCGAUGGCAGACAAGCCCAGCGCCACGGUGAACUUCCGCAAACUUCUGCUGAACCGGUGCCAGAAAGAGUUCGAGAGAGACAAGGUGGACGACGUUGUGUUCGAGAGGAAGCAGAAGGAACUGGACUCAGCCACCUCGGCCAGUGAGCGGGAACGGCUCCAGGAGGAGCUGGAGGAGGCCAAGGACAAGGCACGGCGACGUUCCAUAGGGAACAUCAAGUUCAUCGGGGAGCUCUUCAAGCUGAAGAUGCUGACGGAGGCCAUCAUGCACGACUGCGUGGUCAAGCUGCUGAAGAACCACGACGAGGAGUCGCUGGAGUGUCUCUGCCGACUGCUCACCACCAUCGGCAAGGACCUGGACUUCGAGAAGGCCAAGCCCCGCAUGGAUCAGUACUUCCACCAGAUGGAGAAGAUCGUGAAGGAGAGGAAGACCUCCUCACGGAUUCGCUUCAUGCUGCAGGACGUUAUCGACCUGCGACUGCACAACUGGGUCUCCCGUCGAGUGGACCAGGGCCCCAAGACCAUCGAGCAGAUUCACAAGGAGGCGCGGAUCGAGGAGCAGGAGGAGCAGCGCAAGGUGCACCAGCAGCUAAUGUCGAAGGACAACAAGAGAAGACCAGACCAGCGGGAGCAGAGGCUGCCCCGCGACGACACCUGGAGCACGGUGCCCGUGACCAAAAACAGCCGGACCAUCGACCCCAGCAAGAUCCCCAAGAUCUCCAAGCCGACCAUCGAUGAUAAGAUCCAACUGGGACCACGGGCUCAGGUGAAUUGGAUAAAGGGGAGCAGUGGCGGAGUCAAAGCCAGCGAUUCAGAUCCAUUGCGCUCCACUGGAAGCAGCUUAAACCGCUUCUGUGCCCUGCAGCCGGCAGUCACCCCCGCCUCUGCUGCCGCCACCCAGGACUUAGACUCUCGGAGGCUCCCCGGCAGUCGAAACAGCACGGGCCAAGAGAGGAAUGACAAGUCGCCAGGAUCCUCCCCCUUGCACACGGCGCCCCUCCCCCGCGGUGGCAGUGCCCAGGAGCUGCCGGACAGCCCCGCCCUUGAGGAGACGAGCCAGGAAGCAUAUGACAUCCCUGCCGCCGUGGAGGAGAGGGCCAACCCAGAGCAGACCCUAUCCGACGAGCUUGUGGAGCUCGAGGCUGCAGAAGGGCCUGGUCCAGAAAAAUUCCUUGUACCGGUAGAGGAGAUGGAGAGGAGGUGCAAAGCCAUCAUGGAGGAGUUCCUGCACAUCACCGACUACAAAGAGGCAGCACAGUGUGUGGAGGAGCUCGAGCAGGAGGCCCAGCUGCACGUCUUUGUCAGGCUGGGGGUGGAGUCCACGCUGGAGCGGAGUCAGACCACCAGGGAGAACUUGGGGCUGCUGUUCUUCCAGCUGCUGCAGUCUGGGACCCUCCCCAAGGAGCAGCUCUUCAAAGGGUUCGGCGAGACGCUGGAGCUGGCUGACGACAUGGCUAUCGACAUUCCCCACGUCUGGCUGUACCUGGCCCAGCUCCUGAGUCCCGUCCUACAAGACGGCGGCCUCUCUAUGAGGCAGCUCUUUAGUGAAUUAAGCAAAUUUCUUCUUCCUGUGGGAAGAGCAGGGAUAUUAUUUUCUGAAAUACUGCACCUACUAUGCAAACAAAUGAGCCAUAGAAAAGUCGCGGCCUUAUGGAGGGAGUCUGGGUUGAGUUGGAGUGAUUUCCUCCCGGAGGGAGAGGAUGUGCAGGCCUUUAUCUCUAAACAGAAACUGGAAUUCACCACUCCAGGCUUUUUGAAUCUGGCCACCACCCUCUCCAAGACAGCCCUCUCCCCAGAAGAGAUCAGUGAGCACCUGGAGAAGCUCCUCUUGGAGGAUGGGGCAAGUGAUGAGCAGAUCUUUGACUGGGUUGAGGCUAAUAUGGAUGAAUCUGAGAUGAGUUCAUCUCCUUUCCUGAGAGCAUUAAUGACUGCAGUGUGCAAGGCCGCUGUGAGAGGCGAGAGCACUUCCUGUAGGGUUGAUACUUCCAUAAUCCAGAGGAGAUUGCCUGUAUUACUCAAGUACCUUAACUCAGACACUGAGCGACAGCUGCAAGCACUUUAUGCACUCCAGGCAUUAAUGGUUUCCCUCGAUCAGCCUCCCAACUUGCUGCGCAUGUUCUUCGACUGCUUGUAUGACGAGGAUGUGAUCUCGGAGGACGCGUUCUACAAAUGGGAGACGAGCAAGGACCCCGCAGAGCAGAGGGGCAAGGGGGUGGCCCUAAAGUCUGUCACGGCUUUCUUCACCUGGCUGAGAGAGGCCGAGGAGGAGUCUGAAGACAAUUGACAAAGGGGAGGGGCCGGUUGGAGGGAGUUGCGGGGGAGCAGCCUCCCCAGCAUCCCGUGCAGCACGGCCAUUUAUUAUUAUUUAUUUUUUUGCUCAGAACAAUAUUUGCCUCGUGGAGACGAAGCGAUACCAAACUGGAAAGCAUAGCUCUGGAUGAAUAUUAAUAUUAAACUUCUGGUACUGGAUCAUUCAGUUUCAGUUCCAGGGUGGUGGUCGGGGCACGUGCUGAGUAUGUAUAUUAUUAGGAUUUUUUUGUUUUGUUUUAAAUUUUAACUCUGUUUUGUUACUUUUUAAGAAAGGACUUAACAAUGCAAUUACUUUGCAAGAGUUCUCAUAGGAUUUGAAAUGUUUAAUUUAUUAUUUUUUUAAGAAUUGCAAAUACUAAAGUUUAUUUAACUUUUGCAGGUGCUCUUCAGGAGAACAUCAGCGAUAACAGAAAUAAUAUUAACAAUUGUGAAGCGAAAAUCCCCCCUGAAUUCCACGUGCUUGAUUGAAAUACAGGGUAAAAUUAACAUUUAUUUUUUUGGAGGAUAAGGGGGAAAGCAGGGAGAAAUGACAGGGACUGAGGGAGAAAGGUCAGGGAUUAAAGGUUAUUAAAUAACCACAAGGACUGCUCCCUCUGUUUUCGCUUGCUCUGUAUGAAAUGUGUAUAUAUUCCUCAAAAAAGCACAUAUGUGCAUUCUGGAGACGCCGCAGUUGACAAAAACAGUUCAGAGAACAAGGAAGGACACGCAAAAACAAUUAACGAAAUAGAAGUUCAACAACACAAUGGCUCCUGAACGUGAAUGCUUGUCAUAAUACAGACUUGUAGAGCAAAUUUAAAGCUUGUAAAUACAUUAAAGACAAAAUGUUAUUUAAAAAAAGAAAAAUGUGGGCGUAUUGGUGUUUGUGUUUCGCAUGUGUGUUAUUUUAUAGCAGGUAUUUUCUUGGUUCUAAAUUUGCCACCCAUGAAAUUAUUUUUUUGCCAACUGAAGCACAAAAAAACGUAUUACAGACCUGUGAUGCUUUAACAUGUAUUAAUUUCAGUUAUGCAUCUUUAGAGAGAAACUGAAAUGUCUUGGACAUAAUCGAAUAAGGCCUAAAUCUUUUUUUUUUAAUCCCGAGAUGGUAUGUUGAAGUACAUGAACUUUCAGAAAUAGCCUUCUGAUUUUUCUGUAAUAUGGUCUGUGUGUCACACAUCUCAUUAUUUAAUCAACCGAGUAACCAUCUCUAGGCCAAAUCUGUAGUUCUUCAAUGGCAUUAGGAAGUAGCAAAAUAAUGAGUUUUAGUAGAGUCCAUGUGGAUUCUUUGCACAGGGUUUCAGGUUAUUUGAAUGCCACCUGUCCAGGAAGGCAGGACAUCCGAUAUCCUACAUAAUGCAGAUGUAUAAUGCAUCAGUACGUGUCUCCUCCCAGAUGCCCAACAAAGGAAACCGUAUUCAGUACCUUUUAAAGUUUCUGAUCUAAUCUUCAGCUGAUGAAAAAUUAGUUUUAGGCUGUAGGUGGGUGUUGGAUGUUACAUUAGUCACUGAUUCACAAGUUAGUAUUUAAUUGGUAUUUUUGAAUGAAGUAAUACUGAAUGUGCAAAUACUUGAAUUGACUGCUGCCGUUAGGACCGAGUUUUGCUGCUGUUCCAGAGGGUUACAAGGUUUAGGGAGCCGUAUGUCUUCUGUAUCAGACACGUUUGGCCCGUGUGCGGCCGAUUUGUUUUAUGAAGAAAGCUUUAAUCGGUUACAUGUUGGUCGUCGUAAUGGGGGAAUGUUUUCAAAACAUUUCAAAAUAUGGUUAAUUCGUUG